AAAAGAUAAAUAUCUUUCCACAGGAAAGAUAGGAACGUCAUUAUUCAGAGUUGGCAUUUGCUGCUGAUGAUGUCACAUGGGAGGUCACUCUGAUACUCAAGCCACUGAAUAUAUAAACUCCACAUCGUCUCGGUUUCACAAACGAUUUCCUAAUAGAGCGCCUCAGUUGGUGUUCCCCCUUUUGAAGAACCGCUCAUCAACCAGCUCAUCAUCCAGCUCUCAGCAGACGACAUGAAUUGCAUCUACCAUACCCCUCUGCUCAUCAGCGCGCUGCCCCCCCUGCUGGGGACGGAGUUCGUCCUGGGGGUCCUGGGCAACGGCCUCGCCCUCUGGAUCUUCCUGUUCCGCCUGAAGCCCUGGAAGAGCAGCACAGUCCUCCUCUUCAACCUCUCGCUGGCCGACUUCCUGCUCAACGUGGCGCUGCCCUUCCGUGCCAGCUACUACUCCGCAGGCCUGACCUGGCACUUCGGCCCGGCCUUCUGCAACAUCUCCCUCUUUCUGCUGGCCAUGAACCGCAGCGGGAGCAUCUUCUUCCUCACGGCCGUGGUGGUGGACCGCUACGUGCGCGUGGUCCAUCCCCACCACGCGCUCAACUCGCUGAGCGUUGUGAGAGCGGCAUGCGGCACCGCCGGGCUGUGGCUGCUCACCUUCUCCAUGACGGCCCACCUCCUCGCCCUGCCGCGCCCUAACGCCACCAACUGCGAGAGCUUCAACAUCAACUCGGGGGGGCUCGACGUCGUACACUUCUGGCACAGGAGCUUGUUCCUGCUCUCCUUCUUCCUGCCGCUGGCCGUGAUCGUGUUCUGCACCUGCUCCAUCGUGGCCCACCUGAGAAGGAGGCAGCUGGCCCGUGAUGCGCGCAUUAGGAAGGCCCUGUGGCUCCUCAUGGUGGUGGUGGUGGUCUUCGCCGUUUGCUUCCUGCCUAGCAAUGUCACGCAGCUGCUCAUCUGGUUGAAGGAGGGAUCGAUCGCCGGUGUUCUCUCGGGGACAAAGGCCUGUGACGCGAUGGAGGACUUGAACACGGUCUUCUACCUGACCAUCAGCCUGACCUACCUGAACAGCGCCCUGGACCCCGUGGUCUUCUACUUCUCCAUCCCCCCCUUCAGGAACAUGUGCAGGCAGGCCCUGCGUCUGGGGAGGGCCGGAGACACCGGCGACGAGGAGACCACCUAGGAGCUGGACUCUUAGUCUGUCAGCAAGCUGGGAGGCCAAGCAGUCACUGCUGUUCCCCGGGAUUUACCUUGCCACUUACCUGUCAAUGUUAAGUCACAGCAGAGCCACCGUUAUGGUUUGUUUGGCAGACAAAGACAAUGACAGGAUGUGAGUAUUAAUCGAGGAAACUAGGAAUUGAAUUGCCCCGUCACAUCAACAUUUAAACUUUUGUAUGUAUGUAUGUAUUUCAAAGUUACUUGAUUGGUCAUUUUCUAUCAAAUGUUCAAUAAGGGAUGUCGAGACUAAAAUGUGGUGAGUGCUGUAGUACAAAGUGAGGUUGAAAAUAUUUUUUAAUCAAGCCAUAUAGAUUAAUACAUAAAGAAGCGUUAAAUGGCUUAGAUCAAGUGAAGGGAUUUGAACAAAAGUUCAAAAGUCUAAAU